ACAGAAAGGAGGAGGAACAAGACGUUUGAUUUUUUUACACACACGACCACGACCUCAGUUAAUAAAUCAUAUAGUAGCAUACAAAGGGAGCUAAAACUGUUCCUUCCGUUUUAAUUUGAUAUUGAAUGGAACGAGUUAACAGCAUGCAGUUAAGGGACAUUGCAUUGUAACCAUAUUCUGUCACAGAGGAGGAGAAUUACCGGAAGUGAGAACCGCUUACUCUGAAAAGGCAAGACAAGGGCAUAAAUCAAGGCAGAAAUCAUGACAGAAAACAACUUCCCUCCCCUGCCGGCAUUCAUACCGCUGCAGCCCUGCUUCUACCAGGACUUCGAGGAGAUCCCGGAUCAGCAUCGCACCAUGUGCAAAAGGCUGUACCACUUGUGGAUCUUGAACAGCGCCACGUUGGGCGUCAAUCUGAUUGGCUGUCUGGCAUGGAUGCUUGGCGGCGGCGGAGUCACCAACUUCGGGAUGGCGAUCCUGUGGCUCAUCCUCUUCACUCCGUGCUCCUAUGUGUGCUGGUUUAGACCCAUCUACAAGGCUUUCAAGACGGACAGCUCUUUCAACUUCAUGGCGUUCUUCUUCGUCUUCAUGGCUCAAGUGGCGAUCAGUGUCAUCCAGUCCAUUGGGAUCCCAGGGUGGGGAGUGUGCGGCUGGCUCGCCACCAUCGCUUUCUUCGGCACCAACAUCGGCUCGGCUGUGGUGAUGCUGAUCCCCACCGUCAUGUUCACUGCCGUUGCUGUUCUCUCCUUCAUCGCCCUCACCAAGGUCCACAACUUCUACCGGGGGAGCGGGGGGAGCAUGAGCAAGGCCCAGGAGGAGUGGACCUCGGGGGCCUGGAAGAACCCCCACGUCCAGCAGGCCGCCCAGCAGGCCGCCCUAGGCGCCGCCCAGGGGGCCAUGCAGCAGAACCAGCCGCAGUACUCCUCCACGCCCGGCAGCAACUACGGAAACCAGAUGUAGGGCGCCUAGGAGAGGGCGGGGUUGGGGGGAGCGAGGAGAGGUAGGCCUGCCAGAGCACAAGCCAUCGUGGGAGGGGGACCGCGCGGUCGAGAAGACCUGUGAUGGCCCCAGUGCCGCAUUUCAUCAUUGCCGCUGCUGUCACAAGGUUGCCAUGACCUGCUUAGAAAAAGAAAGGUUGUGUCAUUUGCUGGGUAUAUUUAUUUAUAUAUUUUUUGCAUUAUUUAUUUAUUUAUUUAUUCGCUUUAAGGAUUAGCCCUUUUUUCUGAUGUUUCCCCACUGAUUGUGAGCAUCACGGUGGGCACAGAUGCAAGUAAAUAACAUGGCUGUUCCAGGGUAGCUUGUGUCUCUUCCCUGGUUCCCUGCCCCAGGCUCUGUCCCUGAUCUAUCCCUCCCUGCGGCCCCUGUUUCUUCCUGUAGUUUUGGGGGCAGUGAGUGACAGCUAAGGGGUCCUUGUGACAUCACAGCAGUAAGGCCGAAAGCCCAUCCCACAUCCCGUGUCAUCUGGUCCUCAGAAUCCUGUGGCUAUGUGUGCCCCACCCUCACCCCACCCCAAUAUUUGUAUGAUCGAAUCACUAAAGGGGGGCAUCCGGAACUUGGCUCCCCCUUUGGAGCUUCAUUAGUUCUUCACAGCGGUCAGUGCUAAGGGGGUUGGCCAUUUUGAAGCACAGCGAUUAACAACGCAACUUGUGCACAUUACAAACACAAUCACCAAAAAUACAUUCAUUUCAUGAUCUUCAGCUGACAGGUUUUCUUAGUGGUGCUUCUUUUAGGUUAUUUGCAUGUCAUAUAUCACUGGGUUUUGAUGUGCACUAGUAACUUUAGUAGAGCUGUGCACAGCAGUUUUAGGAGAAAAAAAUGACUUAUUAAAAAAAAAUCUUUUUAUAACCAGGUAGCAAUAUACCACUGAAAUGAGGUUUGGUGAUGUGGCAAGAACAGGUAGGCAUAUGUAAUGAAGAGAUGUGAGUUUUUCUAACCUGGUCUAGAGAAAAGGGAUUUUCCAUUGCAUAUCAUUAGAAUUACUUACUGUAGGUGUUUCUCUCAGGAAAUCCGAGCUUUGAUGUAAUCAUGAUAAACAGGAAUGUUAGGCUUUUUUGUUGUCCUCUUGAUCGACAUGUGUCUGUUUUCAGAACUUAGUGUGGCUUGCACAUGGAUCUCAUUAGCAGACAGGCAAUUCCAAAUCUUAUUUAAACUAUACUGAGUAAUCUGUAAUUGAAUCUCAUGUUUCAAAAUGUACACACAGAACAAAUAUCUUCAGCCAAAUGAGGAAAUAAGCACAUUCAUGCUGGUGAUAGAUGGUUUUGGCCAGUAGCAUCAAAACAGGCAGGUUUAUGAGAGUGAUUCCAGCACAAGUGUGACAGCGUCAGUCAAAUAAAUGGAUUCAUCACAAAUCAGGUAAAAACCACAAAAAUGAAAAAGCUCACCUCAGCUAGUGAUACUGGUGCACUUGUAUAAAUGAACCCUUUUGUCAUCUGAACUUUCUCAGGAAGCAAGGUCUGUUCCUGACUUACUCAGGUCUCUUUCCUUCAGAAAUAACCCUCAAAAUGUGUCCUCGUGCUACACUGUAGAGUUUUAGCAGGAAGAUUUUUUUUGUUUAAUGUAGAGAAGUGGCAUCUGAGUAUGCACAUCUGAGGACUGGGUGAGUGGUGUGUUUAAAUGACUUUAUGUCAGUAGUGCAUCUGAGAGGAUCUGUAUUUGUGUUCAUGUCCUUAGAAAACAGACUAGAGAUGAGGGCCCACGUUAGUAUUAUAAUUGUGUCAUUAUUCUCUCCAGUAAAGGGUCCAAUUUUGUACUCCAAGCAGAGACCACACUGCCAAUGUAUAAAGCACAUAUGUGUAUGUUCUAUAUGACAGAACAGGCAUGUGGUAUAGUAUUAGCAAUUGCAAUAACGUAUGUAAAGACUAAUUUAUUGUGUAUAGUAUCUUUUAUGUAUUCAUUUUAUGUCUGUUGUUAUUUUAAACUAAUUUAAAAUAAUGUGUACAUAGA